AUGCGACUUCGCUCUCACUGGCGUCCAUUCUCUUCUACCUCGUUGUUGGUGAAGGAGCACCCAACGGUGCGGUGCACCGGCGAUAAAGGUUCCCAGGUGCAUGGACAACGGAGCCAGUUGUCUUUUACUGGCCACGUGGUGUGUGAAGAACAUGCAAAACACACACGCAUGAUGCGUUGGAGUGUUGAAACACUCACAACUGUUUUCCCAUGCAAUGCAAUGCAAAGUUAA